ACAAAAUGAAGAUUAAGUUAUGUUUAAUAUUUUUAUCCCAGAUUAUAUCAUUAAUUUUUUGUAAUGAAUUAUCCAAUGAAACCUUGAACGAACUACACAAUCUUAAAAACACAAUAAAAGCCAAUGUUCAUAGUAAAAUAAACCAACUUGCAAACGAUGGUAUCGAUUCAGAACCUAUAAUCUCUAAAAAUGGAGUUAAUAUUGUAACUAAUGAACCCAUAGACAUAGAUAAAAAUGAUAUCCACAAUUUAGCCAACGUAAUAAAACAAAGACUACAGAAAGAAUUAAAACCAGUUUACGGUCUUCGCUUAAUAUUUAGAAUGAAAAAUGGCGUGGGUGGAACCACCAUCGUUACAUUUUUUAAUGAUAUGAAGUUGGUAAUAAAAAAUAACCAAAUGUAUCAGUGUAGUGGUAAGAUAUCAGAUGAUGGUGCUUGUUCAGAGCCCCUACAAAAAUUUGCCCCGAACGAAAAUCAAGAUUUUUGUUACUUAAGAUCUUUUGCAGAAAUUGAGGGUGUUGUGUGUUUAUCAGAUUCACCAUUAAAAGGACAAAAGUGUGUUUUAAACAAAGAAGAAGUUUUAUCUAUUAAUAAAGAGGAAUAUAAGGCAUUAUGCGGGAACAUAGUAAAUAUUAUAAAAUAUAAAUACAUUUCAGAUAGAAAUAAUAGAAAGCACGUUGAAAUACCUAAUGAAAAUGACUUUGUUAAGUGUGAUAACGAAGAACCAGGUAUUUGCGAGUUUUCAAGCAAAAAUGUUAUUGGGAAUGAAAGUAAAUCUGAAGCUCUUUUAAAUACUGUUAAUGUAUAAAGGUCAUUCUAAAAAAACAAUAUUUUGUGCCCAACGAAAAUAUCUGUUUGUUCCUUACAGGAUCAGUAUAAUUGAAGGAUAUUUUUUCUUGUUCAUAUCAUUAGGUAGGUUGUAAAGACAAUAGCCUAAUUUGUGUAGUCUUAAACAUGUUUGUAAGUAUGCGUACCUAUUUAUUGUAUGUUAAUAUAAUGAUCGAACCGUAAAAUAAUCAAAUUAUAUUUGUAAAAUAAAUGUAACUUUCAAUAAACUGUUGAUAUACUAUA